CACACUUAUCCGUUUGCGGAGUAAAAAGAUGUGAUUUGGAGAAGCCUCGUCUAGGCUUUGGGUACGUUCUGUGGUGAUUCUGUAGAGAGAGGCAGCGAGAAGAAGAGAGAGGAAUUCACUCUGUAAUGAGUGUACGGCUGUGCACGCAGCCAGUGAAAAGAGACUGAGAACGAAGGGAAGGACAUCAGAAGAAAGUGGGGAUAGAUUUGAAGCACAAAACAAGUAAAAGCCAAGGAGGGACACGGACCGGAGACGAAACAAACAGCUGCAAUUGACAAUCAACCAAAAGAUUGCUAAUUAUUUCCGUUAUUGACGCGUAAACUAGGCUAUUUCUAGGGGAAUUGAUGGUGUCUCCGCAGAGCAGAAGUCUAACGGACCUUGCCGAGGGGAGGAAUUCGAAUGCACUCGGCUGAAUCAUGCUGAUGUUGUUGUGGAUAAUAACUUUGGGUAUCAGUUUUAACAAAGUGUGGACUGUGAGGUUCUCUCAGGAGCCAGCAGACCAGUCUGUUGUUCUGGGGGGGCGGGUGGUUCUGUCCUGUGUCGUCUUCAACUACAGCGGCAUCGUACAGUGGACCAAGGAUGGACUAGCACUGGGCAUCGGAGAGGGCCUCAAGGCCUGGCCCAGGUACCGUGUGCUGCGGGUGAUAGACGUGGGCCAGUACAACCUGGAGAUCUCUACUGCUGCGCUGUCUGACGACUCCCUGUAUGAGUGCCAGGCCACGGAGGCUGCCCUGCGCUCCCGGAGAGCCAAACUCACCAUCCUCAUUCCUCCUGAUGACCCAGUGAUCGAGGGCUUUCCAGAGAUCCUGCUGAGAGCCAAUGCCUCGUACAACCUGAGCUGUGUGUCCCGCGGGGCCAAGCCACUGGCCCUCAUCGAGUGGCAACGGGAUGGGGUGGCCCUGGAGGGAGCCGUUAGUUCCACCGAGGUUCUCCCAGACAGAAAGAGAGUGACGACCCGGAGCCUCCUACCCAUCAUCCCAGAGGACAAAGACACGGGACGCAACUUUACCUGUGUGGCCAGCAACCGGGCUGUCCCCAUGGGAAAACGCACCACCGUCACCCUCAACGUCCACCACCCCCCCAAGGUGAAUCUCUCCAUGGAGCCACAGUCUGUUUUGGAGGGAGAGAGAGUCACCUUCUCCUGCCAGGCCACCGCCAACCCCCCCAUCAUGGGCAUCCGGUGGGCGAAGGGUGGUGUUCUCCUGGAGGGGAUGAGAGACAGUGUGUUUGUGACUACAGCAGACCAUUCCUUCCACACCGAGCCUGUCUCCUGCUCAGUCUUUAACGCUGUGGGACACACCAACCUCAGCAUCCUGGUCAACGUACACUAUGGUCCUAUCCUGAAGGGGGCGCCCACGCCGAUUACGGUGGACAUUGACUCUGACGCCAAACUCAACUGCAAGUGGACCGGGAACCCUCCUCUUACACUCACCUGGACCAAGAAGGGCUCUAGCAUGGUCCUCAGUAACAACGAGGAGCUGGUCCUGAAGUCAGUGAGCCAGGUGGAUGCGGGGCAGUACGUGUGUAAGGCCAUCGUCCCCAGGAUCGGAGUGGGAGAGACUGAGGUCACUCUAACAGUCAACGGCCCUCCCAUCAUCUCCAGCGAACCAGUCCAGUACGCAAUGAGAGGGGAGAGAGGGGAGGUCAAGUGCUACAUUGCCAGCACCCCUCCACCUGACAAGAUUGUGUGGGCGUGGAAGGAGAACGUGUGGGAGAAGGAGAAGGGGACUCUGUUGGAGAGGUACACGGUGGAGCAGAGUAAACCUCACUCCCAGGGAGGAGCUGUUCUCUCCACCCUCACCAUCAACAACGUCAUGGAGUCUGACUUCCACUCUCCGUACAACUGCACCGCCUGGAACUCCUUCGGACCCGGGACCAUGAUCAUCACCCUGGAGGAGAAAGAGAUAGUACCAGUGGGGAUUAUAGCUGGUGGAGCAGUUGGAUCCUCCAUCCUGCUCCUGAUCGUUCUCCUGGCUCUGGCCUUCUACCUCUACCGCCAACGGAAAGGCAGUCGUCGUGGGGUCACUCUGGGGAAGCCGGACAUCAAGGUGGAGACAGUCAACAAGGAGACACAUAGUCUGGAGGAAGAAUCGGGCAGUGUUUCCACGGCAACGCGCAUGGUCAAGGCCAUGUAUUCCUUUCUACCCUCUGUCUCCCUCUCUCCCUCCACUCAGCCAUUCAAAGACGAUAUGGAUCUGAAGCAGGAACUGCGCAGUGAGCUCGAUACCCGCGAGGAAUACGAACUCAAGGACCCAACGAACGGCUACUAUAACGUCCGUGCGACCACCCACGACGAGACCAGGCCGUCCUCCCGCUCCAUGCUGUACCAGGGAGAGUUCCGGACCUCCAACCCUCCAGGGGGAGCUACAGGUGCUACCUCCAGUGGCCCAGCAGGGGGUCCCGGAGGGGCGGUGGCUGCAGGAGCGGUCCCAGGAGUCCCAGGGUCAAGGGCAGGGUGCUAUGACCCCAGACCUCCAUCCAGGAUGUCUCACACCAACUACCCCCAGUUCAACACCUUCACCAGGGCGGGCCCGAGCCAAGUCCCGCCCACCAACCACCCCGCCCACCCCUCCCACCCCGCCCAUCCUGCCUCACAGACCACCGACUUCCCCGGAGACUGCGGACUAUUGGACAACAACAGUCAGCUGACCUAUGACAACUAUGGCUAUCCCGCCCAGUACCCUACCUAUCGGGUGGGCUUUGCACCGCCUCUGGAAGGAGGGCCGGCCUAUGAGGUCUACCCAACUGGGCAAGGGGUGGGACCAGGGCCAGUGCAAGGACCAGUCCAAGGCCAAGGCCCAUGUCCGGGUCCUGAAACUGUGCCUGGGAAUUAUGGGACCACCCGCUUCUCUUACACUUCUCCUCCUAGUACUGACUACUCUCCUCCUGCUACUGACUACUCUCCUCCUGCUACUGACUACUCUCCUCCUGGUACUGACUACUCUCCUCCUGGUACUGAGUACAACCAGAGACACACUCAGAGGAUGCAGACACACGUGUGAGAGAGAUGGAUUCUGUAAUACAUAGUGAUACUUGUUGUCAUACAUGCGUACAUACAUAUAAACACAGCCACACACACACACACACACACACACACACACACACACACACACACACACACACACACACACACACACACACACACACACACACACACACACACACACACACACACACUUGUUGGAGAGAUACAUUUAUUCUCUCUAAGCUUUCUUUAUCGCAUACACACACACACAAACAAACGCAAACAAUCUGACACAGUCUCUCUCAAGCUUCAGCUCCAAGAGGGGAGACAUGACAAAAGAAAGAGAGGCUGAAAGUUAUUUUCUUAAACUAGGUGGUGAUUCAGCAGAGUUUGAUUACUUACAUGCUAAUUGACAGCGUCCAGAUCCAUCUCUUCUCUAUUGGACUCUCCACCCCUCUCUCUUUCCUCUCACACAAUCUCUGUAUAUAAUAUCAGUGGGGUAGAUCAUUUUAACCUUAGUAUAACCUUGUAUAAACGUACUGUGUACAGAUACAGCUGCUGAACUUUUCUCCUUAUUAUACACCCUCUUACACUCCUUUACAUUCACAGGAACACACACACACACACACCCUCUUACACUCUGUUAAAUUCACAGAAACACACACUUACAUGCCUUUAAAUUCACAGAAACACACACACACACACACA